AUGGAGCCGUCCUCGACCCAGGAUGAGGGCCUGAGGAGGAAGCAGACCAAGAAGCCUGUUCCCGAGGUCCUGCCCAGGCCGCCGCGGGCUUUGUUCUGCUUGACUCUCCAGAACCCCGUGAGGAGGGCCUGCAUCAGCAUCGUGGAAUGGAAACCCUUCGAGACCAUCAUCUUACUCACCAUCUUUGCCAACUGUGUGGCCUUGGCCGCGUACCUGCCCAUGCCGGAGGACGACAGCAGCGCUCUGAACCUCGGCCUGGAGAAGCUGGAGCUCUUGUUCCUCAUCGUCUUCUCCAUCGAGGCCGCCAUGAAGAUCAUCGCCUACGGCCUCCUGUUCCACCAGGACGCCUACCUGCGCAGCGGCUGGAACGUGCUGGACUUUAUCAUCGUCUUCCUGGGGGUCUUCACCGUGAUUCUGGAGCAGGUCAACGUCAUCCAGAGCAACACAGCCCCGAUGAGCAGCAAAGGCGCCGGCUUGGACGUCAAGGCUCUGAGGGCCUUCCGCGUGCUCAGACCGCUCCGGCUGGUGUCCGGGGUGCCCAGCCUGCAGGUGGUCCUCAACUCCGUCUUCAAGGCCAUGCAGCCCCUGUUCCGCAUCGCCCUGCUUGUGCUCUUCAUGGCCAUCAUCUACGCCAUCAUCGGGCUGGAGCUCUUCAAGGGCAAGAUGCACAAGACCUGUUACUUCAUCGGGACGGACAUCGUGGCCACGGUGGAGAACGAGAAGCCGUCGCCCUGUGCCCGGACGGGUUCAGGGCGCCGCUGCACCAUCAACGGCAGCGAGUGCCGGGGCGGCUGGCCAGGCCCCAACCACGGCAUCACCCACUUCGACAACUUCGGCUUCUCCAUGCUCACCGUGUACCAGUGCAUCACCAUGGAGGGCUGGACCGACGUCCUCUACUGGGUCAACGAUGCCAUUGGGAACGAGUGGCCCUGGAUCUACUUUGUCACCCUGAUCCUGCUGGGUUCCUUCUUCAUCCUCAACUUGGUGCUGGGCGUCCUGAGCGGGGAAUUCACCAAGGAGCGGGAGAAAGCCAAGUCCAGGGGAACCUUCCAGAAGCUGCGCGAGAAGCAGCAGCUGGAUGAGGACCUCCGGGGCUACUUGAGCUGGAUCACGCAGGGCGAGGUCAUGGAUGUGGACGACUUGAGAGAAGGGAAGCUGGCUUUGGAUGAAGGUGGCUCUGACACAGAGAGCCUGUAUGAAAUCGCAGGCUUGAACAAAGUCAUCCAGUUUAUCCGACACUGGAGGCGGUGGAACCGCGUCUUCCGCUGGAAGUGCCACGACGCGGUGAAGUCCAGGGUCUUCUACUGGCUGGUCAUCCUGAUCGUCGCCCUCAACACCCUGUCGAUCGCCUCGGAACACCACCACCAGCCUCUCUGGUUGACCCACCUGCAAGACGUCGCCAGCCGGGUGCUGCUGGCCCUGUUCACCGUGGAGAUGCUCAUGAAGAUGUGCGGGCUGGGCCUACAUCAGUACUUCAUGUCCAUCUUCAACCGCUUCGACUGCUUUGUGGUGUGCUGUGGCCUCCUGGAGAUCCUGCUGGUGGAGUCGGGGGCCGCGGCACCCCUCGGCAUCUCCGUGCUGCGCUGCAUCCGCCUCCUCAGGAUUUUCAAGAUCACCAAGUACUGGACGUCCCUGAGCAACCUGGUGGCCUCGCUGCUGAACUCCAUCCACUGCAUCGCGUCCCUGCUGCUGCUGCUGUCCCUGUUCGUCGUCAUCUUCGCCCUCCUGGGCAUGCAGCUCUUCGGGGGCAGGUACGACUUUGAGGACACGGUGGUGCGGCGCAGCAACUUCGACAACUUCCCGCAGGCCCUCAUCACCGUCUUCCAGGUGCUGACAGCUGAGGACUGGAACUCUGUGAUGUACGACGGGAUCAUGGCCUACGGCGGCCCGACCUACCCCGGGGUGCUCGUCUGCAUCUAUUUCAUCAUUCUGUUCGUCUGCGGCAACUACAUACUGCUCAACGUCUUCCUGGCCAUCGCGGUAGACAACCUGGCGGAGGCGGAGAGCCUGACGUCGGCCCAGAAGGCCAAGGCCGAGGAGCGGAGGCGCAGGAAGAUGUCCAGGGGGCUUCCAGACAAGUCAGAGGAAGAGAAGUCGAUGGUGGCCAAGAAGCUGGAGCAGAAACCCAAGGGGGAGGGUAUCCCCACCACGGCCAAGCUGAAGAUCGAUGAGUUUGAAUCCAAUGUCAAUGAGGUGAAGGACCCCUACCCGUCAGCCGACUUCCCAGGAGAUGAUGAGGAAGACGAACCCGAGAUCCCGAUAAGCCCCCGACCCCGCCCGCUGGCCGAGCUGCAGCUGAAGGAGAAGGCGGUGCCCAUCCCAGAAGCCAGCGCCUUCUUUGUCCUCAGCCCCACCAAUAAGAUCCGCGUCCUGUGCCACCGCAUCGUCAACGCCACCUGGUUCACCAACUUCAUCCUGCUCUUCAUCCUGCUGAGCAGCGCCGCGCUGGCUGCCGAGGACCCCAUCCGGACUGAGUCCGUGAGGAACCAGAUCCUUGGGUAUUUUGACAUCGUGUUCACCUCUAUCUUCACUGUGGAGAUUGUCCUCAAGAUGACCACCUACGGGGCCUUCCUGCACAAGGGCUCCUUCUGCCGUAAUCACUUCAACAUCCUGGACCUGCUGGUGGUGGCCGUGUCCCUCAUCUCCAUGGGACUCGAGUCUAGCACCAUCUCCGUGGUGAAAAUCCUGAGGGUGCUGAGGGUACUCCGACCGCUCCGGGCCAUCAACAGAGCCAAAGGGCUGAAGCACGUGGUGCAGUGUGUGUUCGUGGCCAUCCGCACCAUCGGGAACAUCGUCCUGGUCACCACCCUCCUGCAGUUCAUGUUCGCCUGCAUCGGCGUCCAGCUCUUCAAGGGGAAAUUCUUCAGCUGCAAUGACUUGUCCAAGAUGACAGAGGAGGAGUGCAGGGGCCACUACUACGUGUACAAGGAUGGGGACCCCACGCAGAUGGAGCUGCGCCCCCGCCAGUGGACGCACAACAGCUUCCACUUCGACAACGUGCUCUCGGCCAUGAUGUCACUCUUCACGGUGUCCACCUUCGAGGGGUGGCCUGAGCUGCUGUACAGGGCCAUGGACUCUCAGGAGGAGGACGGGGGCCCCGCGCACAACAGGCGCCCGGAGGUGGCCGUCUUCUUCAUCGCCUACAUCAUCCUCGUCGCCCUAUUCAUGAUGAACAUCUUCGUGGGCUUCGUCAUCGUCACCUUCCAGGAGCAGGGGGAGACCGAGUACAAGAACUGCGAGCUGGACAAGAACCAGCGCCAGUGCGUGCAGUACGCCCUGAAGGCCCGCCCCCUGAAGUGCUAUAUCCCCAAAAACCCGUGCCAGUACCAGGUGUGGUACGUCGUCACCUCCUCCUACUUCGAGUACCUAAUGUUCGCCCUCAUCAUGCUCAACACCAUCUGCCUGGGCAUGCAGCACUACAACCAGUCGGAGCAGAUGGACCACAUCUCAGACAUCCUCAACGUGGCCUUCACCACCAUCUUCACGGUGGAGAUGGUCCUCAAGCUCAUGGCGUUCAAGGCCAGGGGCUAUUUUGGGGACCCCUGGAAUGUGUUUGACUUCCUGAUUGUCAUCGGCAGCAUCAUCGACGUCAUCCUCAGUGAGAUUGAUACUUUCCUGGCCUCCAGCGGGGGACUGUAUUGCCUGGGUGGCAGCUGCGGGAACGUUGACCCCGACGAGAGCGCCCGCAUCUCCAGCGCCUUCUUCCGCCUGUUCCGCGUCCUGAGGCUGAUCAAGCUGCUGAGCCGCGCGGAGGGCGUGCGCACGCUGCUCUGGACCUUCAUCAAGUCCUUUCAGGCCCUGCCCUACGUGGCUCUGCUCAUCGUCAUGCUCUUCUUUAUCUACGCCGUCAUCGGCAUGCAGAUGUUCGGGAAGAUUGCCCUGGUGGACGGGACCCAGAUCAACCGGAACAACAACUUCCAGACCUUCCCCCAGGCUGUGCUUUUGCUGUUCAGGUGUGCCACGGGUGAGGCGUGGCAGGAGAUCCUGCUGGCCUGCAGCUAUGGCCAGCUGUGCGACCCCGAGUCGGACUACGCGCCGGGGGAGGAGCGCACCUGUGGCACCGACUUCGCCUACUACUACUUUGUCAGCUUCUACACGCUUUGUGCCUUCCUGGUCAUCAACCUCUUUGUGGCUGUCGUCAUGGACAACUUUGACUACCUCACACGGGACUGGUCCAUCCUGGGCCCUCAUCACCUGGACGAGUUCAAGGCCAUCUGGGCAGAGUAUGACCCAGAGGCUAAGGGCAGAAUCAAACACCUGGACGUGGUGACCCUGCUGAGAAGGAUCCAGCCCCCUCUGGGCUUUGGGAAGUUCUGCCCACACCGGGUAGCAUGUAAGCGGCUGGUGGGCAUGAACAUGCCCCUGAACAGCGACGGCACAGUCACCUUCAACGCCACUCUCUUCGCCCUGGUCCGCACGGCGCUCAAGAUCAAGACGGAAGGUAACUUCGAACAGGCCAAUGAGGAGCUGCGGGCCAUCAUCAAGAAGAUCUGGAAGAGGACCAGCAUGAAGCUCCUGGACCAGGUCAUCCCUCCCAUAGGAGAUGACGAGGUGACGGUGGGAAAGUUCUACGCCACGUUUCUCAUCCAGGAGCACUUCCGGAAGUUCAUGAGGCGCCAGGAGGAAUAUUAUGGGUACCGGCCCAAGAAGGACACCGUGCAGAUCCAGGCCGGACUGCGGACCCUUGAGGAAGAGGCAGCCCCUGAGAUCCGCCGCACCAUCUCGGGAGACCUGACGGCCGAGGAAGAGCUGGAGAGAGCCAUGGUGGAGGCCGCGAUGGAGGAAGGGAUAUUCCGGAGGACCGGAGGCCUGUUUGGCCAGGUGGACAGCUUCCUGGAAAGGUCCAACUCCCUGCCUCCACACAUGGCCAACCAGAGACCCCUCCAGUUUACUGAAAUAGAGAUGCAGGAGCUGGAGUCGCCCGUCUUCUUGGAGGACUUCCCUCAGCAUCCAAGCACCAACCCUCUUGCCCGUGCCAACACCAACAAUGCCAACGCCAACGUUGCCGGUGGCAACAGCAACCAUGGCAACAGCCCGGCAUUUUCCAGCGUCCACUCUGAAGGGGAGCUCCCAGGGGAGACAGAGACGCCUGCCACCAGAGGAGGAGCCUCCGGCCGGCCCCAGAGGACCCUGGGACCCCACAGCAAGUCCCAUGGGGAGAGGCUGCAGGGACGGCUGCCCCGGAGGGUGAUACCCAGAGCUCAGGCACCUGCCGCCCCCUGCCAGCUUGUGGGGACACAGUCUCUGGUGCCCGAGGAGAGGAGCCCCACCCCAGGGUCCCUGCCUGAGGAAGCGCCCCCCAAGGAUGGUACCCCUGUGUGCCUGGCCCCAGCCACGGCCCUGCUGAUCCGAGAGGCUCUGGUUCGAGGGGGCCUGGACACCUUGGCGGCUGAUGCUAAGUUCGUCAUGGCAACGAGCCACACCCUGGUGGAAGCCUGCCAGAUGGAACUGCAGGAAGUGGAGGUGGCAGCCGCUGAGCUUCUGAAGGGACGAGAGACCCUGGAGGGUGUGGCCAGUGCCCGGGGGCGUUGGAGCCUCGGGUCCUCCCUGGGAAGCCUCGACCAGCAUCAGGGCUCCCAGGAGACCCUCAUUCCCCGCAGGCUGUGA